AUUAUCCAGCUUCAGUGUCUCCGCUGUUGCUUCAUCAGCAGAAGAAACUGUCCCACCGUUUUUCUUUAUUUCAAAAUGGCCGAGUACCUGGCGUCGAUUUUUGGUACCGAAAAAGACAAGGUUAACUGCUCGUUCUACUUUAAAAUUGGAGCAUGUCGCCACGGAGACCGGUGUUCCAGACUCCACAACAAGCCCACAUUCAGCCAGACCAUUGCGCUCCUGAACAUCUACCGAAACCCACAAAACACAGCACAGUCUGCAGAUGGAAUAAAUGCUGUCAGUGAUGUUGAGAUGCAAGAACAUUACGAUGAGUUCUUUGAGGAGGUGUUUACUGAAAUGGAAGAGAAGUAUGGAGAGGUUGAGGAGAUGAAUGUUUGUGAUAAUUUAGGAGAUCACUUGGUGGGCAAUGUCUAUGUGAAGUUCCGGCGUGAAGAAGAUGCUGAGAAGGCAGUGAUUGAUUUGAAUAACCGCUGGUUUAAUGGCCAGCCCAUCCAUGCUGAGCUCUCUCCUGUCACUGACUUCAGAGAGGCUUGUUGUCGACAGUAUGAGAUGGGAGAGUGCACUCGAGGUGGCUUCUGCAAUUUCAUGCAUCUGAAGCCAAUUUCAAGGGAGCUCAGGAGAGAGCUGUAUGGCCGCAGAAGAAAGAGGCAUCGCUCUCGUUCACGUUCUCGUGAGAGGCGCUCUCGUUCUCGCGAACGCAAUAGAGGUGGAAGAGACCGGGAGAGGCGGAGGUCAAGAGAUAGGGAACGCUCUGGACGAUUUUAAACUCCUUCCUUUCUGAGGCUUACACUCAUUCCUCAAGACCUGUCCAACUCUGUCGUGAUGAAAAUGUGAUAAAUGUUGAAUUGAAAUUCCCUGAUUUCUUUAUCCUCUGAUUUCUUUAUCCAAGAACUGUUUGCUUUUUCAAUAAAAGACCCCUUAGACAUUUUA